AUGGCCCUUUCGCUCUUCUCCGUCAACGCAAUCCUGAUCCUUUCCACGGACGACUCGUCGCGCAUCCUCGCCAAGUACUACAAUGCUCCGCACCCGCCGGUUGGCACGCCCGCCAAUGCUACGAGCUAUCCUGGCGCGAACCCCUACCCGAACCUGAAGGACCAGAAGGCCUUCGAGAAAGGCCUUCUCGAGAAGACGGCCAAGCAGACCAGUGAUGUCAUCCUCUACGACAACCGCGUCGUCGUGUUCAAGAUGGAGUCGGACGUCAUGCUGUACGUCGUUGGCGGUGCCGAAGAGAACGAAAUCCUGCUCUACAACGUCAUCCUCGCCCUCCGCGACUCCCUGAACAUCCUGCUCAAGAAUUCCACCGACAAGCGCACCAUCAUCGAGAACUACGACCUCGUUUCGCUCGCAAUAGACGAGAUCGUCGACGAUGGCAUCAUCCUCGAGACCGACCCGGUCAUCGUCGCAUCGCGUGUCAGCAGGCCGCCCCAGCAGGACUUCAACCCCAAGAACAUCGACCUGUCGGAACAGGGUCUGCUGAACGCAUGGGAGUUUGGCAAGCGGACGCUGGGCGAGCGCUUGAGGCAAGGUCUCUGA